AUGUCUACUGUUGUUUUUCGCUGUAACAUUUAUGAGCCUCAAGAUUUCGUACCUGAUGAUGACAGUUUCUCAGAUGAAACCUCCUUCUUAAUUGAUUUUUUAUACGCCAUUGACAACUUAACCAUAUACACAAACCUGGUGCUGUCACAGCAACAUUUAUUGCAUGACAGAUCAACAUGGUCUGCAAUAUCUUCCAAGCUCUCAGAGAUGAACGUACCCUUUUACGCUCAUUCUGAUAUGAUAUUCAGGAUUAUUGACUACGCACGUUCAAUUGUCAGCCAAGACUUGAAUGUUAUUCCUCUAGUUGUGAUCAUCAAGGCUGAAAUUUGUGAAGAAGAUGCGAUUUCUGACGCUGCUACAAGAUCCAUCAACGAUCAAGUUGUCCAUCCGGUGCCGGCAAGUCAGUCUUCAAUCGAGGCGCUCAAAAGAACUAAAAUUGUAGGGUUUUCAAAGCAGUGUGUGAUAUGUUUGGAGGAGAUUUCCAUUGGAUCAGAAGCUACAUGCAUGCCUUGCUCUCAUGUGUAUCAUCAAGACUGCAUUGUGAAUUGGUUGGAGAAGAGUAAUCUUUGCCCGUUAUGCCGGUUUCAAAUGCCUUCGUCUACCGAGAAUAGUCUUUCAAGUUUAACCUUUAGUUAA